UUUGCCUCAGUUUGACAUUAUCAUCUCGAUGGGUAACGUGAAUCUAGGUGGACGGUGGAAAAUAAAGCCCUCCAUCCGCUAGACUUACAUUACAGUCAACAUAAAAUCGAAUGUGCGCAGUGAUUGCUAAAAUUUGUUUAGAAAAGAAGUCGAAGUGACGUGAUACAAGAACUGCGUGUCACCAAAAGAAUAGAAACAAUACCUUUACAAAAUUUGCCCGAACCGAAAAUGCAAAAUAUCAUGGAGAUUAAGGAGGACAUGCCAAAAAUCGACACUAUCAAAUUGCGGAACAAGCAUAUAGGGCUUCAAAGUGCAUCAUAAUUCGUGAUACCCAACCUCAACGGUUGAAAAAACCUAAGUAUCUUCGUUUUCUUAGAAUGCCGUAAAUCAUCUGCAGAAUAUUAAUAACAAUGAAACAUUUGGUCCAUGGUAGUUUGAAAAGUCUUGAAUGUAUACAACAUUUAUCCAAAAACUUUUGAUGCAACACGUGGUUGUGGUAGCUAGGAGAUUGCAAUGUGUACAUGAAGCCCAAAUUGGCAUGAGAGCAAAUCCUGCCAACUAUUUUACAAAAGCGAUCCGUUGAAAAUAGUUCGUGGUCAGGGUCAAUAUAUGUUUGAUGAGGAAGGUACGCGCUAUCUAGACUGCAUCAAUAACGUCGCACAUGUGGGUCAUUGCCAUCCAAAGGUGGUUGAUGCCGGAUCCCGCCAAAUCGCAAUUCUGUCGACCAACAAUCGUUUUUUGCACGACGAACUGGUGAAGUGCGCACAAACGCUAGCAGAAAAGAUGCCCUCGAAUCUAUCAGUGUGUUUCUUUGUCAACUCGGGAUCUGAAGCAAACGAUUUGGCAUUGAGAUUGGCUCGGCAGCACACCAAGCGUUACGAUAUCAUCACGUUGGAUCAUGCUUAUCACGGGCAUGUGUCCGCGGUGAUGGAAAUAUCUCCUUACAAAUUCAAUCAACCUGGUGGAGGUCCCAAGUCGGAUUUCGUACACGUUGCACCCUGCCCAGAUGUCUAUCGGGGAAAAUAUCGAGACUGCGAUUACCCAAAGGAUACUGAUCUGGGUCAACUGUACGCCGAUGAGGUAGCUCAACUGGUUGACCAAAACUCAAACAAAAUCGCUGCCUUCAUAGCUGAAAGUUUGCAAAGUUGCGGCGGGCAGAUUAUUCCACCUAGAGAAUACUUCAAAAAGAUUUACAAGUUAAUUCGUGAUGCAGGUGGUGUUGUUAUCGCCGACGAGGUCCAAGUGGGAUUCGGACGUAUAGGAACGCAUUACUGGGCUUUCGAAGCGCAUGGAGUAGUUCCAGAUAUUGUAACAGUUGCUAAACCAAUGGGAAACGGUCAUCCAGUGGGGGCUGUUGUAACCACACCAGAAAUCGCGGAAAGUUUUGCUGCCACGGGUGUAUGCUACUUUAAUACGUACGGCGGCAAUCCUGUCUCUUGUGCAAUCGCGAAUGCAGUGAUGCGUGUUAUCGAUGAUGAAAAGUUACAGGACAAUGCUUUGAAUGUUGGCCAGUAUUUACUAGAACAGUGCAAAACUCUACGUCACGACCACGAAGUCAUUGGCGAUGUCCGUGGCGCAGGUCUUUUUGUUGGCAUCGAGUUGGUCACAAAUCGAGAAGCACGAACACCCGCAACAGAAAUCGCUAAAGCCGUUGUCGAUCGAAUGAAGAAUAUGCACAAGAUUCUUGUCAGUAGUGAUGGGCCAGAAGACAAUGUCAUUAAACUAAAGCCCCCGAUGGUGUUCAACACUAGUAAUGCGGACGAAUUUUUGUACGGCUUUCGCGAGUGUUUAAUUUACUUGGAGAACCAGAAAAAAUCUCAACGAGAAACCGAAGUACGCCCAUUAGUUUCAGCUACGCCUUCGGCAACAGGUGGUUUGUGUAGUCUAACAAGUAGUGCUAUAAGUGAAAAGCGCGAUAAAUUGAUCAAAUCUGUUUAAUGAAUAGUUUAAUUGAUACUUAAAAAGACUUAUUUGUUUCAAGAAUAACUCAGUUGAUGAAAAUAUUAUUGUACCAUUUUAAUCAUUUGAACAAUGUUGAUAAGUAGCUUAAUCUCAA